AUCAAUUCAUGGUCUUGUAAGGAUAAGACAUCCUAGACCGAAAUGAAUUUGGUGCUUAUCUUCGCGCUGGGUGUGCUGUGUGUUAACGCAGACCCCCAUUUCGUAAGAGCGAGACAACCAGUCAAUGAUCAGAAUUUCGUGUUCAAACUCCCAGAUAAUGGUUUACAAUACACGUACUUCGAGGAAGAAGAAUUGGACAGUUUUGGUAAACCAAUAGUGAAAGUGACUUUCAUACCAGAAGAGGACAUUGGCCAUGGCGCACUUGACUUGACGUCUGGGGUUGUGGAAAGAAAGCUCAACUCUGAAAGGAAAUUCGCCCAAGGUUCAAGCGAUCACCGCAGAUCAAGGAACCAUGGACGACACCAUAACAUCGCUGGUGGUGUCCUAAAUGAUGGUAACAGCAAGAGCUAUUGGAACUCAGAUUCGGAAUCAACCGUUGAUAAUGAAAAUGAAAGCAAAAAUUACCAAUACAGUUCCGGUUCUCAAAUUGAAUCGUCACACUCCAAGGGAAAACUUGGACGUAUUCCUCACCCAAUACUGAGACACCAUCCACGGAUUCCGUUACGAUCACCAAUACAGAAACCCGGACUUCUCCCGGUCGAUAAUAUUGGUAUCGACAUUGGCGUCGGAGCUCAAAUCUCAGGAGGGGCGAAACAUCCAAUAAUUGGAAGGAUUCCAAAGAAGCCUUGGUUGCGAGGGAAGAAACCUAAAGGUGGACAGGCACCUGGCGGGAGAAACCCUGACGAAGUUAUAACAAGAGAAACUGAAACAACCGUUGUGACUACAGAUAAUGCCAAGGCAUCAAACGAAAAACAGAGUUCCUCCACCGUGACUAAGAUCAUAUCAGAAACAAGAGCCAAUUCGGAUUCUCCAUCGAAUAACGACAAGCCAAAUAACGUUGAUUCUAACAACAAUAAGAAAAAACCAAUUAAAAAGUGUUCGAAAGGACCUCGGCCAGAUGAUUUGAGGAAACCAAAACAUGGCAAGAGACCAAGAGGAGGCAAAUAUCCUCAGGAAAUAACAACUAGCGAAUCGAUAACGACAGUCGUAACCAAAUCUAGCAAGGAAUUAUCUGAGCAAGACCAAACCAGUUCAACGACAAUAACCAAGAAAGAAACAAUAACGCAAGGACCUGACUAUAACUCGCCAGACGAGGACUAUCAACCCGACGACAACAGCCCUGACAGGAACGGUGGCCAGCCAGGAGGCAAGAAACCCAAGGGUGGCAAGAAACCCAAAGGUGGAAAUCAACCCAACAAAGAGUCACCGGAUGAUGACGACAACAGCCCUGACAGGAACGGUGGCCAGCCAGGAGACAAGAAACCCAAGGGUGGCAAGAAACCCAAAGGUGGAAAUCAACCCAACAAAGAGUCACCGGAUAAUGACGACAACAGCCCUGACAGGAACGGUGGCCAGCCAGGAGGCAAGAAACCCAAGGGUGGCAAGAAACCCAAAGGUGGAAAUCAACCCAACAAUGAGUCACCGGAUGAUGACGACAACAGCCCUGACAGCAACGAUGGCCAGCCAGGAGGCAAGAAACCCAAGGGUGGCAAGAAACCCAAAGGUGGAAAUCAACCCAACAAUGAGUCACCGGAUGAUGACGACCAACCCGACGACAACAGCCCUGAUAGGAACGGUGGCCAGCCAGGAGGCAAGAAACCCAAGGGUGGCAAGAAACCCAAAGGUGGAAAUCAACCCAACAAUGAGUCACCGGAUGAUGACGACAACAGCCCUGACAGCAACGAUGGCCAGCCAGGAGGCAAGAAACCCAAGGGUGGCAAGAAACCCAAAGGUGGAAAUCAACCCGACAAUGAGUCACCGGAUGAUGACGACCAACCCGACGACAACAGCCCUGACAGGAACGGUGGCCAGCCAGGAGGCAAGAAACCCAAGGGUGGCAAGAAACCCAAAGGUGGAAAUCAACCCAACAAAGAGUCACCGGAUGAUGACGGCAACAGCCCUGACAGGAACGGUGGCCAGCCAGGAGGCAAGAAACCCAAGGGUGGCAAGAAACCCAAAGGUGGAAAUAAACCCAGUGACGGAAACCCGCCUGGACAAACAACAACCACAGUCACAACAAAGACGACAACAGAAACAACCGCUUCCGCCAGCUCGCCAUCUGGUAGUCCCAAUAACCAACAACCCAGUGACGACCAACCGGAUGUAAAAGAUCAGCCACAAGAAAACAAACCCAGUGAUGACAAAAAACCUAAAGCUGGAAAGCAACCCAAAGAAGUUUCACCAGACGAUAAUAAACAGCCCGACGACCAGAGCCCAAAGAAACCCAAAGGUGGAAAUCAACCCAACAAUGAGUCACCGGAUGAUGACGACCAACCCGACGACAACAGCCCUGACAGGAACGGUGGCCAGCCAGGAGGCAAGAAACCCAAGGGUGGCAAGAAACCCAAAGGUGGAAAUAAACCCAGUGACGGAAACCCGCCUGGACAAACAACAACCACAGUCACAACAAAGACGACAACAGAAACAACCGCUUCCGCCAGCUCGCCAUCUGGUAGUCCCAAUAACCAACAACCCAGUGACGACCAACCGGAUGUAAAAGAUCAGCCACAAGAAAACAAACCCAGUGAUGACAAAAAACCUAAAGCUGGAAAGCAACCCAAAGAAGUUUCACCAGACGAUAAUAAACAGCCCGACGACCAGAGCCCAAAGAAACCCAAAGGUGGAAGUCAACCCAACAAUGAGUCACCGGAUGAUGACAACCAACCCGACGACAACAGCCCUGACAGGAACGGUGGCCAGCCAGGAGGCAAGAAACCCAAGGGUGGCAAGAAACCCAAAGGUGGAAAUCAACCCAACAAUGAGUCACCGGAUGAUGACGACAACAGCCCUGACAGCAACGAUGGCCAGCCAGGAGGCAAGAAACCCAAGGGUGGCAAGAAACCCAAAGGUGGAAAUAAGCCCAGUGACGGAAACCCGCCUGGACAAACAACAACCACAGUCACAACAAAGACGACAACAGAAACAACCGCUUCCGCCAGCUCGCCAUCUGGUAGUCCCAAUAACCAACAACCCAGUGACGACCAACCGGAUGUAAAAGAUCAGCCACAAGAAAACAAACCCAGUGAUGACAAAAAACCUAAAGCUGGAAAGCAACCCAAAGAAGUUUCACCAGACGAUAAUAAACAGCCCGACGACCAGAGCCCAAAGAAACCCAAAGGUGGAAAUCAACCCAACAAUGAGUCACCGGAUGAUGACGACAACAGCCCUGACAGCAACGAUGGCCAGCCAGGAGGCAAGAAACCCAAGGGUGGCAAGAAACCCAAAGGUGGAAAUCAACCCAACAAUGAGUCACCGGAUGAUGACGACCAACCCGACGACAACAGCCCUGACAGGAACGGUGGCCAGCCAGGAGGCAAGAAACCCAAGGGUGGCAAGAAACCCAAAGGUGGAAAUAAACCCAGUGACGGAAACCCGCCUGGACAAACAACAACCACAGUCACAACAAAGACGACAACAGAAACAACCGCUUCCGCCAGCUCGCCAUCUGGUAGUCCCAAUAACCAACAACCCAGUGACGACCAACCGGAUGUAAAAGAUCAGCCACAAGAAAACAAACCCAGUGAUGACAAAAAACCUAAAGCUGGAAAGCAACCCAAAGAAGUUUCACCAGACGAUAAUAAACAGCCCGACGACCAGAGCCCAAAGAAACCCAAAGGUGGAAAUCAACCCAACAAUGAGUCACCGGAUGAUGACGACAACAGCCCUAACAGCAACAGCCCUGACAGGAACGGUGGCCAGCCAGGAGGCAAGAAACCCAAGGGUGGCAAGAAACCCAAAGGUGGAAAUCAACCCAACAAUGAGUCACCGGAUGAUGACGACCAACCCGACGACAACAGCCCUGACAGGAACGGUGGCCAGCCAGGAGGCAAGAAACCCAAGGGUGGCAAGAAACCCAAAGGUGGAAAUCAACCCAACAAUGAGUCACCGGAUGAUGACGACCAACCCGACGACAACAGCCCUGACAGGAACGGUGGCCAGCCAGGAGGCAAGAAACCCAAGGGUGGCAAGAAACCCAAAGGUGGAAAUCAACCCAACAAUGAGUCACCGGAUGAUGACGACAACAGCCCUGACAGCAACGAUGGCCAGCCAGGAGGCAAGAAACCCAAGGGUGGCAAGAAACCCAAAGGUGGAAAUCAACCCAACAAUGAGUCACCGGAUGAUGACGACCAACCCGACGACAACAGCCCUGACAGGAACGGUGGCCAGCCAGGAGGCAAGAAACCCAAGGGUGGCAAGAAACCCAAAGGUGGAAAUCAACCCAACAAUAAGUCACCGGUUGAUGACGACCAACCCGACGAAGACAGCCCUGACAGCAACGAUGGCCAGCCAGGAGGCAAGAAACCCAAGGGUGGCAAGAAACCCAAAGGUGGAAAUCAACCCAACAAUGAGUCACCGGAUGAUGACGACCAACCCGACGACAACAGCCCUGACAGGAACGGUGGCCAGCCAGGAGGCAAGAAACCCAAGGGUGGCAAGAAACCCAAAGGUGGAAAUCAACCCAACAAUGAGUCACAGGAUGAUGACGACCAACCCGACGACAACAGCCCUGACAGGAACGGUGGCCAGCCAGGAGGCAAGAAACCCAAGGGUGGCAAGAAACCCAAAGGUGGAAAUCAACCCAACAAUGAGUCACCGGAUGAUGACGACAACAGCCCUGACAGCAACGAUGGCCAGCCAGGAGGCAAGAAACCCAAGGGUGGCAAGAAACCCAAAGGUGGAAAUCAACCCAACAAUGAGUCACCGGAUGAUGACGACCAACCCGACGACAACAGCCCUGACAGGAACGGUGGCCAGCCAGGAGGCAAGAAACCCAAGGGUGGCAAGAAACCCAAAGGUGGAAAUCAACCCAACAAUGAGUCACCGGAUAAUGACGACCAACCCGACGACAACAGCCCUGACAGGAACGGUGGCCAGCCAGGAGGCAAGAAACCCAAGGGUGGCAAGAAACCCAAAGGUGGAAAUAAACCCAGUGACGGAAACCCGCCUGGACAAACAACAACCACAGUCACAACAAAGACGACAACAGAAACAACCGCUUCCGCCAGCUCGCCAUCUGGUAGUCCCAAUAACCAACAACCCAGUGACGACCAACCGGAUGUAAAAGAUCAGCCACAAGAAAACAAACCCAGUGAUGACAAAAAACCUAAAGCUGGAAAGCAACCCAAAGAAGUUUCACCAGACGAUAAUAAACAGCCCGACGACCAGAGCCCAAAGAAACCCAAAGGUGGAAGUCAACCCAACAAUGAGUCACCGGAUGAUGACAACCAACCCGACGACAACAGCCCUGACAGGAACGGUGGCCAGCCAGGAGGCAAGAAACCCAAGUGUGGCAAGAAACCCAAAGGUGGAAAUCAACCCAACAAUGAGUCACCGGAUGAUGACGACAACAGCCCUGACAGCAACGAUGGCCAGCCAGGAGGCAAGAAACCCAAGGGUGGCAAGAAACCCAAAGGUGGAAAUCAACCCAACAAUGAGUCACCGGAUGAUGACGACAACAGCCCUGACAGCAACGAUGGCCAGCCAGGAGGCAAGAAACCCAAGGGUGGCAAGAAACCCAAAGGUGGAAAUCAACCCAACAAUGAGUCACCGGAUGAUGACGACCAACCCGACGACAACAGCCCUGACAGGAACGGUGGCCAGCCAGGAGGCAAGAAACCCAAGGGUGGCAAGAAACCCAAAGGUGGAAAUCAACCCAACAAUGAGUCACCGGAUGAUGACGACAACAGCCCUGACAGCAACGAUGGCCAGCCAGGAGGCAAGAAACCCAAGGGUGGCAAGAAACCCAAAGGUGGAAAUCAACCCAACAAUGGGUCACCGGAUGAUGACGACAACAGCCCUGACAGCAACGAUGGCCAGCCAGGAGGCAAGAAACCCAAGGGUGGCAAGAAACCCAAAGGUGGAAAUCAACCCAACAAUGAGUCACCGGAUGAUGACGACAACAGCCCUGACAGCAACGAUGGCCAGCCAGGAGGCAAGAAACCCAAGGGUGGCAAGAAACCCAAAGGUGGAAAUCAACCCAACAAUGAGUCACCGGAUGAUGACGACCAACCCGACGACAACAGCCCUGACAGGAACGGUGGCCAGCCAGGAGGCAAGAAACCCAAGGGUGGCAAGAAACCCAAAGGUGGAAAUAAACCCAGUGACGGAAACCCGCCUGGACAAACAACAACCACAGUCACAACAAAGACGACAACAGAAACAACCGCUUCCGCCAGCUCGCCAUCUGGUAGUCCCAAUAACCAACAACCCAGUGACGACCAACCGGAUGUAAAAGAUCAGCCACAAGAAAACAAACCCAGUGAUGACAAAAAACCUAAAGCUGGAAAGCAACCCAAAGAAGUUUCACCAGACGAUAAUAAACAGCCCGACGACCAGAGCCCAAAGAAACCCAAAGGUGGAAGUCAACCCAACAAUGAGUCACCGGAUGAUGACAACCAACCCGACGACAACAGCCCUGACAGGAACGGUGGCCAGCCAGGAGGCAAGAAACCCAAGGGUGGCAAGAAACCCAAAGGUGGAAAUCAACCCAACAAUGAGUCACCGGAUGAUGACGACAACAGCCCUGACAGCAACGAUGGCCAGCCAGGAGGCAAGAAACCCAAGGGUGGCAAGAAACCCAAAGGUGGAAAUCAACCCAACAAUGAGUCACCGGAUGAUGACGACCAACCCGACGACAACAGCCCUGACAGGAACGGUGGCCAGCCAGGAGGCAAGAAACCCAAGGGUGGCAAGAAACCCAAAGGUGGAAAUAAACCCAGUGACGGAAACCCGCCUGGACAAACAACAACCACAGUCACAACAAAGACGACAACAGAAACAACCGCUUCCGCCAGCUCGCCAUCUGGUAGUCCCAAUAACCAACAACCCAGUGACGACCAACCGGAUGUAAAAGAUCAGCCACAAGAAAACAAACCCAGUGAUGACAAAAAACCUAAAGCUGGAAAGCAACCCAAAGAAGUUUCACCAGACGAUAAUAAACAGCCCGACGACCAGAGCCCAAAGAAACCCAAAGGUGGAAAUCAACCCAACAAUGAGUCACCGGAUGAUGACGACAACAGCCCUGACAGCAACGAUGGCCAGCCAGGAGGCAAGAAACCCAAGGGUGGCAAGAAACCCAAAGGUGGAAAUCAACCCAACAAUGAGUCACCGGAUGAUGACGACAACAGCCCUGACAGCAACGAUGGCCAGCCAGGAGGCAAGAAACCCAAGGGUGGCAAGAAACCCAAAGGUGGAAAUCAACCCAACAAUGAGUCACCGGAUGAUGACGACAACAGCCCUGACAGCAACGAUGGCCAGCCAGGAGGCAAGAAACCCAAGGGUGGCAAGAAACCCAAAGGUGGAAAUCAACCCAACAAUGAGUCACCGGAUGAUGACGACAACAGCCCUGACAGCAACGAUGGCCAGCCAGGAGGCAAGAAACCCAAGGGUGGCAAGAAACCCAAAGGUGGAAAUCAACCCAACAAUGAGUCACCGGAUGAUGACGACAACAGCCCUGACAGCAACGAUGGCCAGCCAGGAGGCAAGAAACCCAAGGGUGGCAAGAAACCCAAAGGUGGAAAUCAACCCAACAAUGAGUCACCGGAUGAUGACGACAACAGCCCUGACAGCAACGAUGGCCAGCCAGGAGGCAAGAAACCCAAGGGUGGCAAGAAACCCAAAGGUGGAAAUAAACCCAGUGACGGAAACCCGCCUGGACAAACAACAACCACAGUCACAACAAAGACGACAACAGAAACAACCGCUUCCGCCAGCUCGCCAUCUGGUAGUCCCAAUAACCAACAACCCAGUGACGACCAACCGGAUGUAAAAGAUCAGCCACAAGAAAACAAACCCAGUGAUGACAAAAAACCUAAAGCUGGAAAGCAACCCAAAGAAGUUUCACCAGACGAUAAUAAACAGCCCGACGACCAGAGCCCAAAGAAACCCAAAGGUGGAAGUCAACCCAACAAUGAGUCACCGGAUGAUGACAACCAACCCGACGACAACAGCCCUGACAGGAACGGUGGCCAGCCAGGAGGCAAGAAACCCAAGGGUGGCAAGAAACCCAAAGGUGGAAAUCAACCCAACAAUGAGUCACCGGAUGAUGACGACCAACCCGACGACAACAGCCCUGACAGGAACGGUGGCCAGCCAGGAGGCAAGAAACCCAAGGGUGGCAAGAAACCCAAAGGUGGAAAUCAACCCAACAAUGAGUCACCGGAUGAUGACGACAACAGCCCUGACAGCAACGAUGGCCAGCCAGGAGGCAAGAAACCCAAGGGUGGCAAGAAACCCAAAGGUGGAAAUCAACCCAACAAUGAGUCACCGGAUGAUGACGACAACAGCCCUGACAGCAACGAUGGCCAGCCAGGAGGCAAGAAACCCAAGGGUGGCAAGAAACCCAAAGGUGGAAAUCAACCCAACAAUGAGUCACCGGAUGAUGACGACAACAGCCCUGACAGCAACGAUGGCCAGCCAGGAGGCAAGAAACCCAAGGGUGGCAAGAAACCCAAAGGUGGAAAUCAACCCAACAAUGAGUCACCGGAUGAUGACGACAACAGCCCUGACAGCAACGAUGGCCAGCCAGGAGGCAAGAAACCUAAGGGUGGCAAGAAACCCAAAGGUGGAAAUCAACCCAACAAUGAGUCACCGGAUGAUGACGACCAACCCGACGACAACAGCCCUGACAGGAACGGUGGCCAGCCAGGAGGCAAGAAACCCAAGGGUGGCAAGAAACCCAAAGGUGGAAAUCAACCCAACAAUGAGUCACCGGAUGAUGACGACCAACCCGACGACAACAGCCCUGACAGGAACGGUGGCCAGCCAGGAGGUCCAGCUAGUAAACCCGAUGGUAAAAAACCAAAUUCAGCCGAAAAAGGCCCCAAUAGUUCACGUAAACCUGAUUCAAGUCGUCCGAAAGGCAAAAAGCCAAGACAUGGUGGUAUCAGACCCGGCAGACCUACCCUAAUUCCUCCACGUGGUGGUCGAUACCCACCAGGAUUCAUCCCCAAGCAGCCAGGUCGCAACCGCAUCUGCGUGUGCUUCAACAGCUUUAGCGACAUGCCGGCAGAACUCAGAUCCCAAUUCCGAUUAUACUGAUGUGAAUAAAAUUCUUUUAUCUAUUAAAUGUGCAUGAAAAAAAUAUCCAGUUUGAAUUAAAAAUUGGAACCAAAAAUAAAUGUAUGUAUGUUUUAUAA